CAACUGAAACUUCUGCCAAAAGCUCAUAGUUACUCACAUGUAGUUUCCACACAGGAGACAUGUAAUACAGCCGUUUUCACACUACCAACAGCCUCUUCUAUCUGUGAGUCUUAUCAGAUUGAUUCAGCCAGAUAUUUGGAUUGGCGUCUGUGAUAUGUGGGUGAUGGAGACACAGUCAAGGGAGAAAGGUCACGCCCCAUGUCGUCUGUUAUGGCUGCAUUAAACUCUACAUGGGGGAAGAACCAGCGCUAAUUAUGAGAGGAGGCAACAUCCCCACCUACUCUUCCCCAUCAUCGUCUUAAUCUCUUCAUUUGUAACAGUACAUGGGUAGAGAACUCUUUACUUCAGGAGCCCUGGAUCUAUCAGUCAGUUGGUAAUCGUUCAGUGGCUGAGAUACAACAGGAAGGGUGAGGAUGUCCAAUAACAUGGCCAAAAUAGCUGAUGCCAGAAAGACUGUGGAACAACUGAAACUUGAAGUCAACAUUGAACGGAUGCUGGUGUCUAAAGCAGCAGCUGACCUGAUGGCCUUCUGUGAAGCUCAUGCUAAAGAAGACCCGCUGGUGACACCUGUGGUAUCCUCUGAAAACCCUUUUCGAGAGAAGAAAUUGUUCUGUGCAAUACUCUAAUUCCAGCACGUCAUUAUAAAAAUAUAUUCAUUAAUAGAUAAUAUAUCACUUAAAUUGCAAGAGCAGAAUGAUGUGUAAAUGUUUUUGUACCUAUUUACUUUUUACAUAGUAGUAGGAUAUCAGUGUUGUUUAUGUAAUCAAAUAUAAAUAAACAGGAGUUGGUUUUGAAUGAUUCAUCUAGAGAGUGAGAGAGACAGACAUAUCUGCAAUAAAACAAUUAUUUCGGAUGGAGCAAAGUUCAUUUGCUCAUAAAUAAUAUCCCCAGGUAUCUGCGCAUCACCCUAACAGUAGGAUUACACAUUAACUUAACAAGCCUUCCAGGGUGCACCCUGGGCCCUCCUCUGAACUCCCAACCCUGAGUAAAUAAGACAAAUUCUUAAAUGUAUUUGUUAUCCUUUCGGAGGGUUAGGAAUGUCUAUUCAUGCAAGGAUUUAUACUGUUACUUUAAAUGUUGAUGUGUAGACUUAAUUUAGCCUAUAAAAAAUGCACCAGGCUGAAAAGACAACACCGUAACGUCGUUGUGACAACAACCUUGAAGUAGACUUCAACAAAUGCAAACCUGCAACACCGUGGGGAUGUUAUUUUCUCAGAUUCAAUC